ACUUUUCGGUGGAAGUCAUCAUUACGAAACCGCGGGUAGUGAUGCCCGACCGGGUGUGGACAUUCAAAUUAGUCAAACUGCCAUUACUGAAGUUGGUAAUUUUAUUUAUCCUUCUCUUUCUGCCAAAGGUUUCUUUGCUGGUUAUGAUAUGACCGAUGGACAUAGAUUACACACCAUAACUCCGCUUCCGGUUAAUUUGGGUACUGAAUCAAUUUUUAAUGAAAAGUUUAUUUUUAGAAAAGAUACUGGGCACUCUAGUCAUUAUCUAUAUAAGCAUUGCUAUUUGACUAUAAGAUCUUUGGGAGAUGAAAUAGCCAAAAUUGGACAACUUUGCAAAGUAGGAGAAGAAGAUUGA